AUGAAUCGUUGUAUGGUAACACAAUUAGAAGAUCUACCUGUCGAAAUUUUUAUCGAAAUCUUCGAUUAUUUCACAGCUACUGAAAUUUAUUUAGCAUUCUCUCAUUUAAAUCAUCGUCUCAAUGAAAUUCUCAAAUGCCUACCCAACUUGAUCUGUGUAACAAAGCAUCAAUUGGAUCAAGUUCUUUCAUUCUUUCAUUCAUUCAAAGCAAUCCAGAUCGAAAUUGGUCAUAAAGAAUUAUCCUUUCUUUGCAAACCGAACUUGAUAAAAGGUGGCCAUCGAUUAUUUCAAGCUUAUCCAUCAUCAGAUAACCAUUGGUAUUCUCAUCCACUACCAGAAAUAGAGAAUAUUAUUCGUUCUAGUAUUUGUUCUCAAUUACGAUCAAUACGUUUACCGGCUAGUUCAUCUAAAUUGGUUCGAUCACUAUUAAAUGGUGAAUUUUCUCGCUUGGAAAUGUGUCACUUUGGUCAGUGUGAUUCAAUCGUUAUUCCGUUACCGACGACUACUCCAUUACACAGUCUUCGUGAAAUGACUAUACGAAAACAAAAUGGAAAUGAAUUCGAGAAGAUUUUAUUAAUGUUUCCUAAUUUGAUCUAUUUUGAUUUCUCGUGUAGCAAUCCAAUCCCACGAUUUGUUUUCACAACUCGUUGCUUUUCAUUGAUGAAAUAUCUUCGACUUGGUCGUAUCAAACGCUUUUUAUUUCACAGUGGUCAAUUCGAUUAUCUUCUGUCACUCUUUCCUAAUCUUCGUGAAUUUCAUUUGACUGUCGAUCAAUAAGCAUUUACAAUUGCUAAACAUCAUUGUACAAUUAAUAUUGAUGUUGUUAGCAGUUUUGCCUAUGACUAUUCACUAGACAUUGAUGGAAAACCAUUAGAAAAAUUUAGUAAAAAACGUUCGAAAAUAAGUCGAACAUGGACACUAACACUAGAUAGAAAGGGUUAUCGUAUUGUUUUAGAAAAAGCUACAGUUGAUCUAUGGAUUAAUGGUCAACGCAUUGAAGCUGAUGCCACAUUUGAAGAUGAAGAAGGUGAAAUCGUUUUUGAUAUUGGAGGUCAUCAAGCAAAUCUAAAAGUUGUUUCAUCAGGUAAUCCUCGUUUGGGAAUUAACCAUGUUUUGUUUGUUGAUGAAGUUGAAAUAUCACAAGAAAGUGAAUACGAUAACAACUAA